AUGGUUAAACAACUGGGAAUACCAACAUGGUUUAUGACACUUUCAUGUGCAGACUUAAGAUGGCCAGAGCUAUUUCAGAUAAUUGCAAAAUCGAAAGGAAACAACAUGACAGAUGAAGAAGUGGACGCUCUGUCGUAUCAUGAGCGAUGCUCAAUGUUAAAUUUAAAUCCAGUUAUUGUAGCUAAACAUUUCCAGUAUCGAGUCGAAACAUUUUUCAGGGAUGUUUUGCUUACAAAUGCAAACCCAGUCGGUAAGAUAGUAUAUUAUGCACUCCGUAUUGAAUUUCAAAUGAGAGGUUCACCACAUUUGCAUGCCUUAAUAUGGACAUCUGAUUGCCCAGACUUAACGAAUGAUACAAAAGAUGCAUACAUAGAUUACAUUGACCAACAUGUUCAAGCAUACCUUCCAGACAAAGAAACAGAUCCUCAACUUUAUGACUUGGUGAAAACAUACCAGACACAUAAUCACAGUAAAACCUGUAGAAAGUACAAGAAUGUUACAUGUAGAUUUAACUUUGGACAGUUUUUUACUGACAGAACAAUUGUUGCUGAACCUUUGGCUGAAGAUAUGAAUGAAGAGAUUAAAUCCAACAUUCUAACUAGACGAAAGGAAAUUUUGUCUAAAGUUAAACAAAAAAUUGACGAUGUGCUAAACCCAAGCAAACCUACCUAUGAUCCACAUGCAACUCCAACUGACAUCCUAAAUGAUAUAAAUAUUACAGAGCAAGACUAUCAAUGGGAUAUAUAUCAUUAUCUCCUGACUCUGACUAUGAAUUGCACCUCAAAAGACCAAUAG